CACAUUGUCUCUAUUACGUGUCUCACGCUUUCUCUCUCUUUGGUUUAAGGAUAGAAGAAAAAAUGGAGAGAGAAGGACAAAAACCAUCUUCUCUGACCGCACCUUUGAUUCAAAAUUCUGAAGGAGAAGAUAGAAAUGGAAUUGGUAGAGAGAGAAAAAGUGAAAAUGGGUUUACUAGGAAGGAGAUUGUGGAAGAACUGAAGAAGCAGAUAUGGCUGGCAGGGCCUCUCAUAUGUGUCAGUUUAUUACAAUUCUGCCUACAGCUCAUCUCUGUCAUGUUUGUGGGCCAUCUUGGAGAGUUGGCUCUCUCUGGUGCUUCAAUGGCCACUUCAUUCGCAUCUGUUACUGGUUUUAGCUUGUUGAUGGGAAUGGCAAGCGCAUUGGAUACCUUUUGCGGCCAGUCAUAUGGAGCAAAACAAUAUCAUAUGCUUGGCAUACACAUGCAGAGAGCUAUGUUCAUUCUUUUACUUGUGAGCAUACCCCUUGCAUUCAUCUGGGCAAACACGAGCGCCAUUCUCAAGGCCUUGGGCCAAGAUCCUGCCAUAUCAGAUGAAGCCGGACUUUAUGCAAAUUUCAUGAUUCCCAGCCUUUCUGCAUACGGCCUUCUUCAAUGUCUCGUCCGGUUCUUACAGACCCAAAACAAUGUCUUUCCGAUGAUGCUAAGCUCCGGAAUUACAACUCUACUCCACGUCCUUGUAUGUUGGGUCCUAGUGUUCAAAUCUGGCCUCGGUAACAGAGGAGCUGCCUUGGCAAAUUCCAUCUCUUAUUGGAUCAAUGUGUUAUUAUUAGUACUUUAUGUCAAGUUCUCCCCUUCCUGUGCAAAAACUUGGACUGGCUUUUCAAAGGAGGCCCUACACAAUAUCCUCACUUUUCUUAAACUCGCAGUCCCUUCCGCUGUCAUGGUCUGCCUGGAGAUGUGGUCAUUUGAGAUGAUGGUUCUAUUAUCUGGUCUUCUACCCAAUCCCCAGUUAGAAACUUCAGUGCUUUCUAUCAGCCUUAAUACAGCCGCGACAGUUUGGAUGAUUCCCUUUGGGCUUAGUGGUGCCGUGAGCACAAGAGUCUCAAAUGAGUUGGGGGCUGGGCAUCCUCAAGCUGCACGUUUGGCAGUGCGUGUCAUCUUAGGCAUGGCCAUUACUGAGGGAAUUGUGGUUGGAUCAGUCCUAAUAUUGAUUCGUAACAUCUGGGGCUAUGCUUACAGCAACGAAAAAGAAGUGGUCAGAUAUGUAGCUAUCAUGAUGCCAAUUGUUGCGGCAUCCAACUUCUUGGAUGGACUUCAAUGUGUUCUUUCAGGUACUGUCAGAGGAUGUGGGUGGCAGAAGAUAGGUGCUUUUGUUAAUCUCGGGUCAUAUUAUCUUGUGGGCAUUCCUUCUGCUGUUCUGUUUGCUUUUGUUUUCCACAUUGGAGGAAAGGGCCUUUGGCUGGGGAUUGUAUGUGCCCUUGUUGUGCAAGUGUUGUGUCUUCUUAUCAUUAUAGCACGGACUAACUGGAACCUAGAGGCAAAGAAGGCUACGGAUAGAGUCUACGACUCUAUGAUCCCGGUGGAUGUAGUCUCAUAAAGCUCUACAAGUCACCGCAUUAUAAUGGUGAAAAAUCACUACAUUGAGGGCAAAGACAUAAGUACUGCAGAUGGUAGGAAAUUUUGAAUUCGGUAGUCUAAAAAUUACUGAAUACUUGUUACUUUAUGUCAUAUGAUCAUCCUCUACUGUCCAUGUUGGAAGCUCUGAUGCUUAAAGAAAGUUGGCUAGUUGUAUCUCUACAAUAAAUGUUGAAGUACUGUACUCGAAAAUAACACCUCACGUUCAUAAUUUAAGGAAUUGAUUAAAGAGCA